UUGAAACAGUAAAAUUUUCAGAAAAUGAGACUAGUCGAGUCUUUAAAACACGAAAUCAGUAUUCACUCACAUACCAGCCACCUUGAAGUACUAGCACUAGAAGCCAGUGUGGUGCAGUGAGCUGAGAUCAAUGGGGAGCCCAAUGGCUUGAACUUGAGCAGUGAAGAAUGAAAUUCAGAACAAUUUUUAACACACGAGCCUCACAAAGGAAUAAACAUGAAGGGAGUAAUAUACGGGAUCUUAAUGAACUUUAUCUGGUCCUUCUUCCCCCUCUGCCUAGGAUUACUCUACAAAUACACGCCUAUUGAUGAAUACGAAGCUGCUUACUGGAAAUCAAUGUUCAUGAAUAUUGCUAACAUUUUACUUGCCAACUAUUAUCACAGGAUAAUCCAGAAGAAAAAGGGUGAGCCAGAGGCAGACAUUAUCUCCAUUCCGAAGGAAUGAAGAUCAGUCUUGCUCUGCCGUGCCUUGUUUGGCUCGAUAUCUCUAUGAUGCCUCUUCGCAAGCAUGAAAUACACAUCUAUUUCUAAGUCCAAUAUUCUGUUCUUUACCGGACCGUUGUACGUACCCUUUCUUUCGUACUUUUUCUUGAAGGAAGGCAUCUCAAAGAUAGACAUCCUCGCUCUAGUUAUGGGAUUUUCAGGGAUUCUCCUGAUUAAUAGCCCUAAAGAUGGACCUCAAGAAGGCAGCAAUGAUCUACUUGGAGGUAUAUUCGCGGCUGUGGGAGGACUCACAGCUAGUUUCGCAUGGGUAUCGAUCAGGAAGAUGGGCUCUAAAGUCCAUUUUACAGUCCCCUGCUUUUAUUUCAGUCUUGGGACUACGGUAACAUCUAUUAUUUUCUACCUCUACAACAUUCAAGGGACCCCUCACAGUGCGAAGUAUGAUUGGUAUUCAAUAAUGCUCAUAAUGUUUGCGAGUUUUUUCCAAUUUGCAGGGCAAAUAUUACAAUCUCUAGCUUAUCAGCACGAAAAAGCGUCCCGAAUUGCAGUUUUCUAUUACUUCCAGACAGCUCUAGUGUUCAUGUAUGAUUACUUCUUUUUCAGCAUAACAUUUGGAUCUCUAGAGAUUAUCGGAGCUGUGCUCAUAAUCUCCUGAAAUUUCACAAUAGCUCUUCUCAAGUUCUUUGGGUUCCUUGAAGGCUAAAAGUGUGUGUAAAUUUGGCAAUUUCAAUCCUG